UAGAUCAUGCUCUUCCUCGUUGUUUUACAAUGAUUGUCGGUCCUCGUCUAUAAUAAUUGCAAAGCGAUAACAUUUUACUUCUAGCAUCAUGUAUGAAGAACCAACUAGGAAUCGCCCUUCGUCAUUCCGGAAGGCCAUCAACAACAGUCCAUUGAACGACCAAAGCGUGAAUAAGUCUCCCCUUAAUGUGAAACCAACUUCACCAUUAAGCAUGUACAACCAUCCGGACGAUUACGGGUUAUACGAUUUGCCGAACACUCAUCACAAUUUUCCGAAAGUUAUUAAACCAGAGGACUUGAUACCAAAGUCUCACGUUAAACGUAACCAUAGCACCGAUUCAACGAGCUCUGAUGUAAGUUUGUUGUCAUCAAGUUCUACAGCAUCAUCACCUACAUCACGAAUUUUGUUGGUUGUCGUUUUAACGUUGACAAUACUCUUUUUGGCAUCAUUUGUGUACCUACUGCUGAAAAUGAAGUCCAUUGAAGACGGAUUAAAGAAAGAAAGACACAAAAUGGACAACAUUCUGACUGUUUUUUGUGUCCCAUGUGACGAUGUCAGACUUGGACCUUUUGAAGAGGACAACGAAAAUUUACUGUUGCUUGAUAAGAAGACUGUCAACAGAGUUGAAAUUUGUUGUGCAAAAACACCAAAUCAAACUAUUGUUUUGACCAAUCUUAUUGUAGAAAGAAAUCGCCAAAAGCACAAAACAGAGGAUAUACUUGAAAUGGAACAACAAAUUCAACAGAGGAAUGCCUCCUUUCAACCAUCUAUUACGAAAGCACCCGUUGCAGCUCAUUUACUUGUCGGGACUCAACAAGUUCCAAAGCAAGAUGAAGCACCAUUUCCCAUCACGAAUUUGAUGUCAACGGAUCCUAUUGCGCAUGUCCAAGGUUUAAGAGUAACAAGGGACAUGCUAAGUAUAAACAAUUCAGGACUGUACUUCGUCUACAGUCAGAUCUACUUCAGCAAUAUCAACAGUCAAAGUUACAAACAGAAUACUUCACAAGCUUUAUACCAUUAUGUCUACAGAUACAACGUUAUAUAUCCAAAUGGCGGGAGUGAACUAUUGUUAAAGAGUGUGCGCACUCUUUGUUGGGCUAAGGAUAAACUCUAUACUGACUACACUAGUUAUACUGCUGCUGCAUUCCAACUAAAUGCUGGCGAUAAACUGUAUGUCAUGAUAUCUGAUAUUGCGAUCCUAUCUAGAGAAUCAAAGGCCAGUUUCUUUGGUAUUUUUAAGAUUUCUUAACAAACAGUGACUACGUAAACAUAUUGUUUGUUUUAAUACUAGAAAGGUCUCAUACGUAUCAUCGAAAAGUGCUCACUUAUAGGUUCCUUAUGAUUUGUACGCUUGUCCGUCGAUGAAGGUCAUACGAUUGCCUAAAAUUGUUCAGGGUUUUUGGCUAUCGCAUAAAUCAUAAAAAAGGUUAACAAGGAAACAAAUUGGGUCGGUGCAACCACCAACACACAACUCCUCCAAAUAGAUCACAGCAACGACCAACA